AAAUGAGUGAACAAAUAGGGCUGAAAGAGCUGAAAUUGCUGAUUAAGGAGAGAGCGCUUGAAGAUAGAUAUGAGGGCUUUGAAAAGACUUUUUGGUAUAAUGUCUUGACAAUCAACCCUCGAAAGAAGCAGUUUGAAAGAUGGGUGAUAUCAAAUGUUUUGGACAUCAAUUUCCCAAGAACAGGACUUGGUCCAAAGAAAAUUAAAGAAUAUAGCUGGACCAAUAUGAGCAGUGCCAAAGGCCAGAUCUGAGCUAUUCGAAUCUUUUUCAAAGACUCUACUUGCUUGAGUUUUACUUGAAUAUUCGAUCCAAAUAGACCUUCAACACUAAAUCUUCCAUUUGUGUUCCCAGAUGUGAGGCUGUUCAGUAGAUGGACUUGAUCAUGCAACUUUAUUAACAUGAAAAUUAGCCAGAGACAUUUCUUCAGAUUGCUUGCAUCCUUUACAAGAAUGCAGGAAGUAACCUUUAGAGGAUGAAUCUUUGAAGAAAUUACAAAAAUCCAUAAAUUUCCGCCCAAGAGGUGCGAAUUUGAAUUGAGAUUGCUAUCAUGAAAGAACUUUGCUGGAUCUGCAAUAUCCUUGGGAGGAGAAGUAUUUUGCUCAAUACUUGAUCUCCUAUCACACAAAGACAUAAUGCCUCGAAUCAGCCUACUCAAGAUCUACCCAGUAUCAGCUAGCACUGGCUCUGUGCUAGCCAGCUUCGAGAUUUCUUCGAGAACAUUUACUUGUUCGCAAGAAGGAGAGGGAUGUCAGGAUAUUCACUAAUCUGUAAUUUCACCAAGGUUCAUUCAAUCAGAAGGAUUAGACAU